UUAGUAUUACACCUAGUUGGCAACGUAUCAGACGUGUACCCAGUCAGUCUCAUUCAACCGGCAGUUGGCAGUGGCGGUCAUCGUGUGCACACACCUCAUUGUGAACUUUGUAAUUAGGCAGUUUAGAAACCAGUUGAAAAUGCUUUUGUGUAAAUGAAUGGGAAAGCAAUUCAUUUUGUUUAAUAUAAAAGUUACUUUUAUACUGUGAUUGGAGUUGGCCUAUUAGUGCCUCUACCCUCAGGUCAUUCAACUUGCCACAAAGGUCUACACACACACUGCUUUUGGAUCGGGACGUCACGAUUCCCGGUCUCGUUAGUUUUCAAUCCACAGCACUCCAUGGAUACAAUGGCAGGGAAAACGGGUUCAAAAUUUACAAACCACACACCUCUUCCACAAGGGCCAUUUGUCGUUGGCUGCACCGAUGUCAUGAUUGGCCGAACAAAAGAAGGAACGCUUAUGAGAGUCUACUACCCAUCAAAACUCACAGACCUCAUGAGCCAUUCUGAAGAGUGGACGCCGUGGUACCUGGGAGAAGAGUACACGCGAGGCUUGGCCACCUUCAUCGCACCUUCUAUACCAUCACUCUUUGGAAUGCUGUUUAACUGGCAAAUGCGUGGUGUAGCGACCCCGGCAGUAUGGGAAGCACCUGUGGCUGACAGAAAGUUUGGGGUAAUCAUAUUUUCCCAUGGACUGAGUGCAAAUCGUUCUAUAUACAGCACUAUUUGCUCUGAGCUUGCCUCUCAUGGAUUUAUUGUGGCAGCAAUUGAACACAGGGACAGAUCAGCAAGUGCGAGCUUCACAUUGACUGAUUCUGGCGAAAAAGAAUAUUUGCUCUUCAAAUCCACUUCACUUGAUGUUAAAGAAUAUCAACUUCGUAAUCAGCAGAUCAAAAUUCGGGUUGCAGAAAGUAUUCGGGCUUUAGAUGUUCUGGAGAAGCUCAACAACGGUACUGUGAAAAAUGAACUGGCUUCAAACUUCAACCUACAGCAACUACAGGAUCAUCUUGACCUGUCCCAUCCAGUUAUGACUGGGCAUUCAUUUGGAGGAGUAACUGCCAUAUCUACUCUGGCCCAAGACAAGAGAUUCAAAGUUGGUGUGGCACUUGACCCAUGGCUGUUCCCGAUCAAGGAAGAUGUGGAUGAGAUUUGCCCAAAAGUCACUCAGCCUCUAUUAUGUAUAUCGACAGAGGCAUUUCAAUCUAGUUCAAAUCUUCAGGCUAUGGGUAAAUUAAAUCCAGCUACCACUGCAUUUGUCACAAUCAAAGGAACUGUACAUCAAAACCAGUGCGACACGCCAUUUCUGGUUGGACACAUUGGACGAGUAUUUGCCGGUGCCUCCUCCCCUCUCGAUCCCCAGACGGCAAUGGAUAUUAACAACAGAUUGAUGUUAAAUUUCAUUGCAAAAAACAUUGGUAAAGAGGGUGAGGUGGUCAACAAAUAUGUACCUUACCUAGAGAUCCAGCAAGACAAAAUGGUGCAUGGACUGCAUGGUAAAGGGAAAGCUAUGGUUGGGUGGGAUACUGACUAUCAUUCUGUCUGACUCUCGCCCCCUUUCUCUUAACAAACCAACACGGGCCUUGACAAUUGCAUAGGUCGUAUUAAAUAAAUAUGCAUCUGCCUUGGCUUCUUUUUAAUGCUUUUCAUAGAGCUUCAGAAUGGCUGUCAACAUAAAAUUAACAGAUGGUUCAGGGUAAAUGAAGGAGAAUGAGCUUUUUAUUAUUUGCAGUUUGCACAAUGUACCUUCCACUCAGGUUCAAUUCCUUCACAGGAGGUAAACAAGAACUUCAAAGUAAAUGUGAACUGUCUUUGGAAACCUGGCAGAACUUCCUUGAAUAUGGCCUGUACUGCAUCAGGAAGCCUGUUCUCAUUUCGAAACUCUAACUGCAUGAGUCGGCAGGCGACUAUAACACAAGGAAAGUAACUUUGUAAUCAAUUGGUUAUUAACAGUUGCUUAGUUAAAGUUUAUAGUACUGUACUCAUAUAAAUCCUUGUUUAUAAUUUUGAGUGCUAAGAACCAUAAAGUUUAAUUUAUAAAAUAGCUAAAUGCAUGUUCAGGUUUAGUGUUGUCACGUGAAGAAUAAUUUCAUUUUAAACUAUUGGAAGGUUCUCGUCUGACUCACCUAAGCAUUAGAAUUUAUUUUAAUUAAUUUAUUCAUGGCAGUUCAGUUUCCAUGUUAAUCAGGAAUUGGAUGGUUUUGCAUUUUCUACUAGAGUUUAUGAUUUUUUUUAGUUCAGUCAAUGAGUCACAAUAUCGUCGGUGAAGAUAUAAUGACUAAAUUUCACAUCAGAAAAUGAAGAAACAACGACGUGAUAAUGGGUCACGACAGACCCAAAUGUCGUAGUUUCUUGAUUUUCUGAUGUAUGGUUUAGUCAUAAUUUUUGUCAGUAUUUUUGCCAAGAUGUUUCAUUCACGAGAUGAUGGGCAAGCUGCCGACAACUGCUAACAAGGCAUUUAGCAAGGGAAGCCUGUACUGGAUAAUAUUGAAUUAAAGGGUACUGUAAACAUUAGACCUUUAGCAAGUUCAGAUUUGUAAAAGUUGACGCUCAAGAGAAAUGUCUGUGAAAGUUGCCAAGCUCAGUAUUUUCUUUGGUUUACCAGUUUGAUUUAGAUGUAUUUUUGAGCAUUGAUAGAUAUCAUGUAAUUCAGAGAUAUCACUGCACUCCAAUGACAUGAAAUACGUGCAUGCUAUGGGGAGAAAAUGCAGCAGUGUUCAGUUUUUAUAAGUUUAGACAUAAUUCAAAUUGCUGUGUACAGUGUGAUUCUGCACUAAGACAAAUAUAGCAACCCAUGUCAGUUGUCUGUUGCCCUUAUUGUCUGUCACUGUUAGUUAGUACUGUAUUUAUUGCAUUAUUGAAAGUUGUUUAAUACCUUGGGUAUGAACUUUAUAAUUCAAAUUUUUGGGCAUUAUGUUGAUCAGGUGAAUGUUUGAAAAGGUUUUUACAUCAGUUUUUAAAACUAUUUAUAUUAAGUGAUGUAAUGGAAAACAUUUCUUGGAAAUAAUAAUCUAAUGGUCAGCACUUUUAUCACUUUACUAUUGAAUAAGGCCUCAUCCAAAUUUUACCAAAUAAAUUUAUUUCUAGUCAAGGCAGAGGUCACAACCCUGCAGUGACCUGUUCAGUGGGUCGAUGCCCAUCAGUGCUUAACCUGGCUGAUCAGCUUAACAUUCAUAUCCAGUGAUCUACAUAAAUUAUAUAUACACAGAUAACCCUCAAUUUUUACAGGAGUUUUGUUCCUGUAAAAGCCUUCCUAAACUUAAGGCUAAAGAAAAAAUGCAAUAACCUAACCACUCCUAGGCCUAAUAUCUGUAAUCCUAAACAUAUUAUAUGCAAUCGUAGGAAUAAUAUUGUACACAUGUAUUAAGCCAAUGAGAGUUUAGGUUAGAUUUGCAUCAUCCUUCUAAAAGCCCUCUAAACCCCGUAGUCCAAAAGUGGUCUUUUGGUGCACCACAGUCCACUAUUUUGUAUUAUUUUAUGGAGGUUACAUUGGGAAGUAUGGGGUUAGGUACCAAAGACUUGCACUCUCUUUAUUCAAUAAAGUUCAUUAAUAUUUAAGACUUCUACCACAUUAGUCACAUAUAUAGCACAAUGAAUGCCAGUGCACAAAAUGUGCAGCAAUUAUGUAAUAGAAUCCAAAAAGUUCAAAACACAUGUCGGAAGCAAAACUCAAAUGAUCGGUUGCGCAAUUUUACAUUAUCACACACAACUUUCACAUUUAGAAACUUGAUCAAAGUGCAUACAGUGUACCUACAUAUACUACUAAUAUGCAUCCUCCAAAAUGUAUAGAAGAAGGGUCACCUGUACACUUUAUAGUAUGACAGUGUCAGACCACUCCUUCUGAAGAUGUAUUAAUAUACGAAAGUACUUGAGGAAAUUCCCGUUUCAAUUUUCCUCCGUGGUCUGACACUGUCACAUUUUUAAUCACGUGUUGAUUUUCGUGAUAUACACACACUUUAUAGUAUGUGAAGGGUUCAUCAGGAAGGACUUCAGCUCGGGUGCUGUUUUCCUCGAAACCACUUUGGAAAAUCUCUCAUAAUUGUAAAUAUAAAUUAUUAUUUUGUAGUAAAUUUGUGAAGGCAGGAUCAGGCUUAUGCAAGACUCCUUGUGGCAUCCCUUAUACUGUCUGUCAUUUCCUUGCAGCAGUUCUGUCAAGUCAUUGGCACUUAGACAUUUGAAUGAUCAGUGGCCAGAAUAUUGUACAGUAUUUAGAUUUGAUCUAAUUCGGUGCUACUGUGUUUGUUAUGAAGCAUGAUGUACGAAAGAAAGAAAUGCUAUUUUUAUCUUUGGGAAACACUGGUGUUGAAUAUUUUGUAUUUUAGAUAGGAUUAUAUAGUUUAUAUAUUAUAUACAGAAUUAUAUACAGUAUAUUGUUAAAAUAUAAUGCUAGUAAUAUAUUGUUUAUAUGGAAUAUAUAUAUAUAAUAGAUGCUCAAUCCACAUAUCUGAAAGUAAAGUGAAUGACAAUGUUUCAGUCCGUCCUGGAUCAUUAUAAAAUAGUGUAAAGAGUGGUAGAGAAAGUAGAUAUACUGUACUACCAAGGUACAAGUACAUAAACAAAUGAAUUCUUUCGCUUGGAUCCAUCUGUUUCUGAUUGAAACAUUAUAAAGAUACACCACUGUGUAAUGGCUUGAUAAUACAUUAUAAUGUAAUACUACUGGGUUGGUAUAUUAUGUUGUGUUACAAUAUAUCCACAUUUUAGCCCAUGUACCCGUGCCCGGCCUGUGUCAUGCCGGGUACAUGGCUACAUGGUUUAGCCCAUGAAGAAAGUUCCCACUGAUUAUAUGGUAGUGGUAAGUAGCGUCUGGUUCCAGCACUUGACCAAAGGCAAAAGUAAUGUCAUAAUACAAUUAUUAUUAUUAUUGAUUGAUUGAUUAUUCUGUAUGACCUGCCACUUGAUACAUAAAAUAAUUUUGAAUUUGUUUCUAAUUUUAAAAAGUCCAGUUAGUUUUAGCUUGCCAGGAUUGGCAGAAAAGUUGACUCCAGUUUAGCUGGAGGUGAUAUAAAUAGUGUUGGUAGCUUUAUCAUAUAAAGUCGAUAAUGGUCUUUGACUGAUUUUGUGAUUUUCUUCUAUGUUCAGCAUUUAUAAUGAUGAUUUGAUUUACAAGCAAUAUUGUUUAGUCAGGGUAGAUAAUUCAUAAUGAUAAUCUCCAUACAUGUCCUGUUAAAUUUUUUUAUAUUUUAUUACUUUUAAGUUAACUGUUAACUAUUCCAUACAAUGGCAUUAUAUUAUAGUGAAAUAAAACAAUUUCAUGAUACAACAAAUGUUUGUAUGUUCCAGUUAUAUAGUGGGUUUGGCCAGUUGUAAUUUUAAAGGGUUUUUAAAGAGUUGACAAAUAAUGUUAAAUGUUGUUGUAUGGGAGAUGUGUGGGAAGAAUGGGUGUAAAGGGUAGUGUUCAUGACAGCAUAUAUGGGCAUGAGGAGAGAAGACUAAUAUUGGGGAUGGUAAAUGGUUAGAACUAGAGCCAUUGUGAAGUGAGGAUGUUCAUGAUUUCUUUACCUGAAUUUAUCCAAGGGUAAACAUGUAUUCAGUGGCCACGCUGGGAGAGAAAGCAGAUGACUUGUCAAAGGCGUUACCCCCCUCCCCCCUCCCCCAGCAUUUUUCCAGUGGACUUUUUUCAGAUCAAUUUUAAACUGAAAGAAUGUCUUGGCAUUAAUGGCUUUGGUGGGUAGACAGUUCCAUUGGUUUCUAACGCUCUGGAUGAAAAAGUAUAUCUGUUUUCUGUCCUACAUUGACUCGAGUUUGAAGCUGUUGCCUCUUCUACUGUAUGUGUUCCAUGUGAUAUUUUAACAAAGCAGUGUGCAUUAUAUACUAUUCAUUUAUUUUGAUUAAUAUUCUCUUGCCAUUGCAAGAGCCAAGCACAAAAAAUACUUGCAAUUUUGCUAAUAUAAUUGUAGGAAACAAACCAUGAUUGGAUGUGUUUGUUUUAAUCAUUUAUUGCUAAAUAUUAAUUUGUUAUUACUCUGGCAUAGACCCUAGUUCAUAGGGCACCUUUCUUGCCUCUUAUUCUUCCUCAUUUUGUUCAAAAUCACCAUCUUGCUCUUGCUAGCUUUAAAAGAAAAAUCCUAUGAUCAUAGAAAAGCUGCCAGCCAAGGUGCAGCAUCUUUACUUGGCCAUCUGAGGCACAGCCACUUUACAGACCUAACUGAGGCACAGCUUCUUUAGUAAUUAUAUAAAGAAUAAACAUAUAAAGUGCUGGUAGUACAGGCAGGAUUGUUCUCAACUUGCAAUCAUAAAUCCCAGGCAGGACAGUAAUGGGUAGGGAUUGAAGAAAUUCCAUGUGUUGUUUCUCUGCAUCAUUGUCAGUUCCAGUAGAACAGUUACGUUUGUUCUUUACCCACAGUAGAGAAUUCUGGGUUCAGAAUUUUCUAUUCCGAAUUUUCAGUUCAGAACAUCAGAUAUUAUACUGAGAAUUUCGGUAUAAUAAAUUUGCUCUAAUUCUCAUUAAUUUCAUAAGUUAAUUAGCUAUGCCUGUUAAUUCCAUAUAAUCUUUCUUUAAGAAUUCCACUUUCCAAGAAGUUCUACAUUAUUCCUAGGUCCACCAGUUAUAAUUGACAUAUCUUCCCAAGUUCUCUCAGCAUCCAUUGCCAAGGAUGCUGAGAGAUAGCCUAAUACAUGUUGGUCAGUUUGCCAAAGUGAGGCUUGUAAUAUAAGCCACAAAAACAGAAGCAUCGUCAGCCUAACUGGUUCAGUACAGAUGCUAGAGAGAUACUGCAGAUCUCCAUUACCAAGUAACAUUCACCAGCAGCUAUUCACCAGCACUCAGAGUCUAGUUCCUCCUCUCUCAAGACGCUACAGCCUCGUCGCAGAGCAAACAGCCAGAUUUUGGCCGUACAACCUUCUAGUUCUCGUCCUGCAUUCCAGCUCUCUGACCCUGCCUGCAUUUGGGCUCCAUGCUUUGCGCUGUCACCCCGCAUCCGAGCCCUCUACCCCCGGCCUCACUCGAGCUCUGUGCUCCCUGCUCCAGACCUCACCUAUCACACUAUGCCAUUACAUUGCCAACAACCAACUGAUGUAACCACGACUGUAUUAAAUAAAUAUAAAAAUCACUAAACUCUUUAAUAUUAUCACCCAAACUCAUAUAUGUAAACAUAUGUUACAGGAUCUUGGGCAGCACAGAAAUGAUUCUGUGCUUUUCCUAUCACCAAAUGCUCCUGUUUACCUAGCAGUAAAUAGGUACCCAGGAGUUAGUCGGCUUGUGGGGGUUGUUUACAUCCUGGGCAGGGCCAAUAGUUCAACCUUGGGGUGCGGGGAACCUUGAUACUGUACCAGUAUAUGCAUAACGUGUGUAUAUACACCGACUGCCUGUCCCCCGACACAAUGAAUUACAGUACAGUAUACCUAAAUGUUAAUUAAUCUUAUACUUCAUUAUAUUGAUUAUUCUUGUUAAAUUAUUGUAAUUUUUAGUUGGCAUUAUUAAAUGUCUAUUUAGACAUUUUCUAGUCAAGAUCAUGUUUACUCUGUACACUAGCUUUAAAAUUGUAGCAAUACUGUAUGCUGUGUUUUAUAUUAAAUAUAUAAAUAAUUAAA